AUGGAUAACAUACAAGAUUAUUUUAAAAAACUUAAGGAAAAAAGUUUUUAUAAGUCGAUUAAAAAAGCGCAAAAAAAAUACAAAAGUAAUAUAUUAAAUAAGAUGCCAAGUAACAGGAAGAUAACACAAAAGGUUGAAGCCUUUGAUAGUAACGUUACAAAGAGAGGCAAUGUCCCUCCUUCUUUGGUAAAAAAAGGAAGAAAGCAUCCAGUAGGACCUAUACUUCUUGUUGUCUUCAUUUUUGUUGUUAUAGGAUCAGUUAUCGUUCAAAUGUUGAGCAUUAUACAAAAGUCUAAAAUUUUCUGA